UAAUGGGAAAGAAAGAAAAAGGAAAGCCUAAUCCUUUAGGUGAAGUGAGCAGAGACUAUACUAUUAAUAUUCAUAAAGCUGUUCACAAGGAGACUUUUAAGAGAAAGGCACCUAGAGCAGUGAGUCACAUUAUUAGAUUUGGUAAAAAGUGAAGGGAUUGUUUAGCUUAAAAAAACAUGUUAACAGAUGAUGUGAGAGUUGAUCCAUAAUUAAAUGAGGCUAUUUGGGCAAGAGGAAUUCGUAAUUUACCAAGAAGGAUUAGGGUUAGAUUACAAAGAAAGAAGAAGGAAGAAGAUGAUGGUAAAGGAAAAUAUUAUACACUUGCAUAAUAUGUUCCAGUAGAUUCAUUUGAUAAUCUUAAGACAGAAAUUACAAAAUAAUAAUGAU